CGGGCUCAUGCAGGGCUCGGUGCGGCGCCGGCCGUUCCCGGCCGCGGCCCCGGGCUCGCCCCCGCCCGCCGGGCCGCUCUACCCGGGCAGGCACAGCACGGUGAAGGCUGAGGACACCUUCAAGACGUCCCCGUUCCACCUGGACCUGUGGUUCUACUUCACCCUGCAGAACUGGGUGCUGGAUUUCGGGCGCCCCAUCGCCAUGAUCAUCCUCCCUCUGGAAUGGUUUCCUCUAAACAAACCCAGUGCUGGGGAUUAUUUCCACAUGGCUUACAACGUUAUCACCCCCUUCCUGCUGCUCAAGCUCAUCGAGAGGUCCCCCAAAACCCUGCCCAGGUCCAUGGUCUACGUCAGCAUCAUCACCUUUGUGAUGGGUGCCAGCAUCCACCUGGUGGGAGACUCCGUGAACCACCGGCUGAUCUUCAGCGGCUACCAGCACCACCUGUCCGUCAGGGAGAACCCCAUCAUCAGGAACCUCAAACCUGAGACCCUGAUUGAUUCCUUCGAGCUGCUCUAUUACUACGAUGAAUAUUUGGGGCAUUCCAUGUGGUACAUCCCGUUUUUCCUGAUCCUGUUCAUUUAUUUCACCGGGUGCUUCACUCCCGUGGCGGAGCAGAGCAGGAUGCCCCUGGCUGCCCUGCUCCUGGUGGGGCCCAGCAGCCUCUACUACUGGUACCUGGUGACCGAGGGUCAGAUCUUCAUCCUCUACAUCUUCACCUUCUUCGCCAUGAUGGCCCUGGUGAUGCACCAGAAACGCAAGGGGCUGGUGCUGGACAGCAACGGGCUCUUCCUCUUCUACUCCUUCAUCAUCACCCUCCUCCUCAUCGCCCUCUGGGUGGGCUGGCUCUGGAAUGACAAAAUCCUCAGGAAAAAAUACCCCGGGGUGAUUUACAUCCCAGAGCCCUGGGCCUUCUACACCCUGCACAUGAACAACCUGCACUCGGCCAAGGGCAGCUCCUAGGGUUUGGUAUCGUGGUGGUGGGAGGGGGAAAAAGGAA